AUGUUGAUGUGGUCGGUGAUAGCCUCCAAUCUGCCAGGGAGAACCGACAACGACGUAAAGAACUACUGGAAUACGAGGCUGAAGAAGAAGCUGUUGGCAGCAGGAAUCAUUAGUUCUGAUUCCGCCAAGGUGGCUGAUAUCAACAUGACUAACUGCAACUUGAGAAGAGGCAUCAUCACCAAUAACUACGAGAAUCAUUCGGCUAGUUUGAUCACAAAUCCAUCAACAUCGUUGCCUCAUCAUCUUCUUCAUUCGAGUUCUUAUCACCAGGAAACGAGCUUCUUCAGCCCCAGUCCUUCCCUUCCAAGCCUCACAGAAGUUUCGGAUAAUACUAGCAAUAUCCCCAUUGCAAAUAUGGACUUCCACGUUUCAUCUUCUCAAGAACUUUCGAGUUCAUCCGGUUCUCCUGCCUUGGCGACAAUAAUGGACUCAUACGACGACUUAUCAAUUGACAAACUACUGGACUUGGACUUUGGGACCGUGUACGAAAUCUUGAGCCGCAGCUUUAGCUUCAAGCAAGAGACGAGCAGCCAUUUACUUGGUCCAUACACAAUUAAUUAG